CUGAUACUAAAUAAGCCACGUUUUCAAGAAAAAUUUGCAGUUGUUUCCCCAAUGUUCCGGGGACUUUAUAAAAGCCCAGGUAAUUGCUUCUGGUCAGCACAGUUUUUUAGUGAGUUUUUGGAAGCAACGCCAAGAUGUCGAAAAUAACUCUGAUUUUUUCUAUCUUUUGCCUUUUCGCGGUUGCAAUGGCCCAGGAAAAUGCCCGGGAGGUAUGUCAGAGGGUUAAUGCCAGGUGCUUAAGGUCUGCUAGAAAUCAUGGACCGAAUAACGAUAUAUCGAAUAUCUUCAAUGAUUGGUGUCGUCGUCAACAUCGCAACUGGCGUAACAUCUCUCGAUGCGAACUGGUUCGGGCCACUUGCCGAUUGACACUUGAGCGCUGCAGAUCCUUAUCCUGUGACAAUGUCAGGGAGGCCCUUCGAGAUGGUCCUCGCGACUAAAAGGAGUUCUUCGGCGUUUAAUAAAAAUGUAAUAAACGAUACCUUUGCCUUCAAAACAAUAAACACUUCAAUGCUCUCUAAAA